AUGGCGAGUGCAGCUGAUUCGCUCCUAGCUCUUAUGGGCAAACGGACCACCGGUCAAUCCAUCAGGUCCCAAAAUGUCAUGGCCGCGUCGGCCAUCGCCAACGUCGUCAAGUCGUCGCUGGGCCCGGUCGGCCUCGACAAGAUGCUCGUCGACGACCUCGGCGAGGUGAUCGUCACCAACGACGGAGCCACCAUCCUCAAGCAACUGGACGUCGACCACCCGGCUGGCAAGGUUCUUGUCGAGCUCGCUCAACUUCAAGAUGAAGAGGUCGGAGACGGCACUACUUCCGUCGUUAUCAUCGCCGCCGAGUUGUUGAAGGCCGCUGAUGAGCUGGUCAAGAACAAGCUGCACCCCACCACCGUCAUCAACGGCUACCGUCUGGCUUGCAAGGAGGCCGUCAGAUAUCUGCAGGAAAACUUGUCUUUUUCUUCUGAAGAGCUCGGGCGCCAGUCGAUCAUCGGUGUGGCCAAGACGAGCAUGAGCAGCAAGAUUAUUGGACCUGAUUCUGACUUCUUCUCCGAGAUGGUCGUUGAUGCUGCCGAGGCCGUCAAAGUAACUGACUCCACCGGCAAGGUCAAAUAUCCAAUUAGGGCCGUGAACGUGUUGAAGGCUCACGGAAAAUCUGUUCGCGAAUCCAUGCUGAUCAAGGGAUAUGCUCUCAACUGCACAGUCGCCAGUCAAGCCAUGCCCCUUCGCGUGACGGAUGCGAAAAUCGCCUGCCUCGAUUUUUCGCUGAACAAGGCAAAGAUGCAUCUCGGAAUCUCGGUUGUCGUUGAUGAUCCGGCGCAGCUGGAGCAGAUUCGCCGAGAGGAAUAUGACAUCACAAAGCGACGCAUCGAGAAGAUCUUGAAGGCCGGUGCCAACGUCGUUCUGACAACUGGUGGAAUUGAUGAUCUCUGUUUGAAGCAGUUUGUUGAAUGCGGAGCCAUGGCUGUUCGCCGAUGCAAGAAGAGCGACCUGAAGCGCAUCGCCGGUGCCACGGGAGCAACUCUUACAUCGUCGCUUGCUACGCUGGAGGGCGACGAGGCUUUCGAGCCAUCGUUCUUGGGACACGCCGAGGAGGUCGUCCAAACACGGAUUUCUGAUGAUGAACUCAUCCUGAUCAAGGGACCCAAGGCCCGUACUUCUAGCAGCAUCAUUCUUCGUGGUGCCAACGAUGUUAUGCUUGACGAAAUGGAGCGAUCGAUUCAUGAUGCUCUGUGCGUCGUUCAAAGGGUCUUGGAAAGCGGCCGUCUUGUUGUUGGUGGUGGAGCCAUCGAAACUGCGUUGAAUGUUUGGCUCGAGCAUUUCGCCAAUACACUGUCGUCCCGCGAACAGUUGGCCGUGGCCGAGUUUGCCAAUGCACUACUGGUGAUCCCCAAGACGUUGGCCCAGAACGCAGCCCGUGAUGCCACUGAGCUGGUCGCCAAGCUGCGCGCUUUCCACAACAGCGCUCAAACGAACAAGGCCAACGCUCACAUCAGAUGGGCUGGGCUGGAUCUUGAGAACGGAGAGAUCAGAGAUAACCGCGAGGCUGGUGUGCUCGAGCCGCUGAUCUCCAAGGUCAAGAGCAUCAAGUUUGCCACUGAAGCAGCCAUCACGAUUCUUCGCAUCGAUGAUCUUAUUAAAUUGGAUAAGAUUGAGCCGGCCGGUGGUCACGACGAUGGCUGCCAC